AUGGCGGACCCCGCGGCGCUCCCGAGACGGAUCCUGAAGGAGGCGCAGCGUCUGCGGCUCGAACCCAUCCCGGGGAUCGCGGUGGAGGUGAGCGAAACGAACCUGAGACACUUUCUGUGCGUCGUGGACGGGCCGGAGGGGACGGCGUACGAGGGCGGGAAGUUUAAGCUCGAGCUCUUCUUGCCGGCGGAGUACCCGAUGGCGCCGCCGGAGGUUUUUUUUAGAACGAAGAUAUAUCACCCGAACACGGAUAAGCUGGGGAGGAUUUGUUUGGACGUUUUGAAGGAUAAGUGGUCGCCGGCGUUGCAGAUUCGGACCAUUUUGUUGAGCGUGCAGGCGCUCAUGAGCGCGCCGAAUCCAGACGAUCCGCUUCGAGAAAACGUGGCGGAACACUGGAAAACGGACGAGCGGGGGGCGCUGGCGGUGGCGCGGGAGUGGACGCAGAAAUACGCGAUGUAA